GGACUUCCUUGCUGUUGCUAAGACACUCUUGUUUUGCUUCUUGACAACCCUGGCGGGGGCGAGCUAGCAGCGGUCCGAGCUCCAGCCCCCGCGGGAGCAGCUGUAGGCUUCCCUGAGGACGUGCAUCCCGCUGGAGGAAUCAGGUGGAACGAACUUGACAGACCUGGUUGGGAUUCCCAGUGGCAAGGACCCGAGCAAGUUACCCAACCUCCCUGGGCUCGUAUAAAAUCGGGAUGCGACAGAGCGUCUCCUCUGGGAGUUCUCGGGAUACUAUGAAGUAUAAAGAGCCCAGUGCAGUGUAGGCACCCCGUGGGGAGAGAGAUUUUCUGCUCCCGCCAAGCUGGCAGGGCCUGCUUCCUGAAGCGCCCGCGCGCGUCUUCCUCGCCAGCCCGGCAGCCCCGGGAAGCCCGCCGUCUCCUCCGCGGCCACAGUGGAGGGAUCAUGGGCGAGGUGGAGGGGAAGAAGGAUGAGGCUGACUAUAAGCGACUGCAGACCUUCCCGCUGGUCAGGCACUCGGACAUGCCGGAGGAGAUGCGGGUGGAGACCAUGGAGCUGUGUGUCACGGCCUGUGAGAAAUUCUCCAACAACAACGAGAGCGCCGCCAAGAUGAUCAAGGAGACCAUGGACAAGAAGUUCGGCUCCUCCUGGCACGUGGUGAUCGGCGAAGGCUUCGGCUUCGAGAUCACGCACGAGGUGAAGAACCUCCUCUACCUGUACUUCGGGGGCACCCUGGCCGUGUGCGUCUGGAAGUGCUCCUGACACCGCCUGGCCCCCGGCCCCCGGCCCCCGCCCGCAGGGCCUGUCCCUGCCCGUCAUCGUCGUCAUCGGGCUGGGGGCAGCCCCAGGCAGGCCCUCGGCUCCUGAAGGAGGAGGAGAGCAUGGGGUCUUCCUUUCGUCCCGUGUGCCCGUGUCCUGAGCCGUGCCCGGCGUGUGAACUUGCUGGCGCCUCUCCCCCAGGCUCCCCGCCGCCCCCCUCCGAGUCCGGGGUGCGCGGGGCGGCGGGCAGUGGUCUCCGUGCGGGAAGGGCAGGGAGAUGCAACAGGGUAGCGGGAGGGCGGGGAGGUGGGACCUUCCUCCCAAGGACACGCCAGCUCCGCCCGUCUCAGGGGCCACGUCCCCUCGCACCUGGAAGCCCCCUGCCCUUCCCCCCCAGCUCUGCCGGCAGAGGCCCCCUGUCCUCGCCCUGACCGACCAUAUGCAAAGGCCCCAAGAAGGAGCCUGUCCUCCCCAGGGGCACCGGCAGCUUCUCCCCUGUCCUCCGGAGAGGUGGUGAGUGACGCCCAGAGCCCCGCCCCCACCCCCGCCGCCGCCGCCACCGCCGGGCUUCGUGAACCUUCUCCGCUGCCUCCACCGCGCAGCUGGUGUCCAGUGGCCGAGGGUGUGGGGGCCGCCGCUGCCGCGCAGCCUCUGGAGGUGCCACGGAGCCUCGGGGAGCCGCCGGGCCAGGGGCGCGCUCGCCGAGAGGCCUGUCUGAGCAGGGAACCUGGCCUGCCAGCACUUCUCAUCAGGGACCGCAUGCUGCUUUGUACUCCUGUCUCUGCUGGGUUUUCUAUGUCCUUUCCGCGUGGGGGAAGCGUUUUAGUAGAAGGGUGAAGCCUAUUUUACAUAGCGGUCUAAUUUAUAUAAACGUCAUGGUUUUUACAAUUAAAAUGGCCAAAAACCGA